AUGAACCUGGGCAGCAUUCAGAUUUUCGGGAUCCAGGGCCCUCCCAAUGAGACGCUUUUCGUGACCGGCCUGCCCACGGACUGUAGCAGCGACUUCUGCAAGUCAAUCUUCGGACAGUAUGGCAUCGUCAAGAGCGCAAAGGUGCUCCCAGUCGCCCAGGGCAAAGCGACUGCUGCUGCCUUUGUGGAGAUGACUACGACAGACGAUGCAAAGUGGAUUGUGGACCAUGUGAGUGGAAAUGUUCCGCAGAGCCUCACAACCCCAGUGACCAUAGUGUUUGCAACGCCAAGGGAACACAGAAAGGGUUCCAUGAAAGGCUUCGGGAAGGGCAAGGACAUGAUGGAUGGCGGCAUGGGAAUGGGAGGAGGUAUCGAUCCAGGCAAAGGGGCAGCCAUCAAAGGCUUGAUUGGGUUGAUCCAAGUGGUGGCAGCAGCAGCUGGGGGCGGAGGUGGUGGCAUGGGUGGGGGAGACCCUGGCAAGGGUGGCUACGGAUAUGGCGGUGGCAAAGGCGGGUAUGGCAAGAAUCAGUGGUGGUAG